AUUUGCUUAUCUCCGUUAAUCAGUAUGAGUUUCUGAUUAUUUCUUAUUUGAAUUAAUAAUAUGUGAAAUCACAAGAAAUCUGUGUAGAAAUGGCUGGGAGUAUUCACGAAGGCCCCGAGUUUGGGGUCGGGGACUUUGUUUUGCUGCAUGAUUUAACGCUUGAUGCGUUUAUGGAAAAUUUAAAACUGCGAUACAGUAAGAAUAAAAUCUACACAUACAUAGGGGAAGUGGUGGUGUCAGUGAACCCAUACAAGACUGUGGACAUAUACAACCCCAAUUAUGUCGACGAAUACAAAGGGAGGGAAAUUUACGAGAGGCCGCCCCACAUUUUUGCCUUGGCAGACUCUGCGUACAAAACCAUGAAGAGACAGAGCCGAGACACGUGUAUAGUCAUAUCAGGUGAAUCUGGAGCAGGCAAGACAGAAGCCUCCAAAAUCAUCAUGAGGUACAUCGCUGCCGUAACCAACGUGGGGGGCCAGAAGGAAGUGGAAAGUCGAAAUGAGAUAGAGAGGGUUAAAGACGUCUUGGUAAAGUCAAAUGUCAUCUUGGAGGCUUUUGGGAAUGCCAAGACAAACAGGAACGAUAACUCCAGUCGCUUUGGGAAGUACAUGGACAUCAACUUUGACUUCAAAGGGGAUCCCAUAGGGGGGCAUAUCAAUAACUACUUAUUAGAAAAGUCACGCGUAGUCCAUCAGCAGGCAGGAGAGAGAAAUUUCCACUCAUUUUACCAGCUACUGUACGGAGCCAAGGACGAGAAAUUAAAGGAGUACAAGCUAGCCCGGGAACCUCAGAAAUACUUCUAUGUCAACCAAGGAGGGGAUCCAAAGUGUGCGACGGUGCAUGACAGGGAUGAUUAUAGGUCAGUAAUGAACGCCCUGAAGGUCAUGGGGUUCUCUUACGCCCACGCCGAGGCACUGUGGAAAAUCGUGGCUGCCAUUCUCCACCUGGGAAAUCUAGAUUAUGUCUCGGUCGAUGACCAUGAUCAUGCAGGUGUGUCUGAUGAAACGUUGCUUGGCAACAUAGCUGGGUUGUUAUCGGUAACCACAGAAAAUCUUAGGAAAGCCCUCUGUUUCCGGGUCAUCGCAGCUGGGGGUCAAGUGGUUGAAAAACAGCUGUCCACGUCUGAUGCCGUUUAUGCUAGGGAUGCUUUUGCCAAGGCUAUGUAUGACAGAAUGUUUACGUGGAUCGUCAGUAAAAUUAAUGAGGCUAUCGAUCCUAAGGCCAGUGGGAUUUCUUAUGUGGGAAAAAACACAGUCAUAGGAGUGUUGGACAUCUACGGAUUUGAAAUUUUUGACAACAACAGUUUUGAACAGCUGUGUAUCAACUACUGCAACGAGAAGCUGCAGCAGCUAUUUAUAGAACUAGUUCUAAAACAGGAGCAGGAGGAGUACCAGCGGGAGGGAAUAGAAUGGCAGCACAUAGAGUACUUCAACAACAAGAUCAUCGUGGACCUGAUAGAGGCCCCACAUAAAGGGAUACUGGCCAUACUCGACGAAGCCUGUCUCAGCGUAGGAAAGGUCACGGACGAGAUGUUUUUAACAGCCAUGGCUCAGAAACUGGGGAAGCAUGACCACUUUACCUGUAGAUCUCUGAACCCUGCAGACAAGACACUUGAACAUUCCCGCGACUUCCGAAUAAAACAUUACGCGGGUCAGGUGACGUACCAGGUGCCAGGAUUCAUUGAUAAAAACAGAGACAGUCUAUUCCAGGAUUUCAAAAGACUUCUGUAUAACAGUGAGGAGGAUAUCUUUAAGCUGAUGUGGCCGGAGGGAGCACAGAAUAUAACGGAGACCACCAAGAGACCCAUCACAGCUGGUACCAACUUCAAAAACUCCAUCAUAGCUCUAGUAGACAAUCUAGCUACGAAGGAGCCCCACUAUGUCCGUUGUAUCAAACCCAACGAAAUCAAGUCAGCAAGUGCAUUUAAUGAUGAGCGGGUCCGCCAUCAAGUGAUGUAUCUCGGUCUGAUGGAAAAUGUCCGGGUCAGAAGAGCAGGUUUCGCGUUCCGUAUCACUUAUGUCAGAUUCCUACAGAGGUACAAGUGCACCACCCCAUACACCUGGCCCACUUUUUCAGGUAAUGAUAGCGAGGGGUGUAAGAAGAUUCUGCAGACCCUGGGUCACGAGGGGGACGUCAAGUACGGGAAAUCCAAGAUCUUCAUCCGCUCCCCCCAAACCCUGUUCUCCAUCGAGGAAACCCGCUCCCAGAAAAUCCCAACCAUUGUGAUCUUCCUACAGAAGAUGUGGAGAGGAGGGAAUGCCAGGAGAAAAGCCAAGAAGAUGAGGGCAAUAUACCUUAUCAUGGACCGCUUCAAGAAGUACAAAAUGAGGCAGUAUAUGAAGAACUUGGUAGAAAAAUUCAAGAAUGUUAAGAGGAUGAAGGAUUAUGGGAAAAGUGUGGAGUGGUCACAACCACCUGCUAAGCUACAGAGUCUGGUGGAUCUGUUAAAAAGAGUACAUGGAAGGUGGAGAGCAAACAUGAUUUUGAAGGACGUUCCCAAACCUGAAUGGCCUAUGUUAAGGAUAAAGGUUUGUGCUGCCUAUGCCCUGGGAGGUCGAAGGUCAGACUGGGGAUCUCGCAGGAAAUGGGAAGGAAACUACUUAGCAAUGUCAAAAGACAACAGUAAUACAGCAGAUUUUGUCACCAAGAUGAACCAUCUGAAGUCACAUGACAAUUUCUCCAAGAUCUUGUUCUCCUGCCAUGUUAAAAAGUUUAACAAAAACAACAAACCAGCUGACCGAGCAAUUGUCGUCACAGAUAAAUUCAUCUACAAGUUGGACCCAAAGAAGAAAUAUAAACCAAUGAAGAAAGGGAUCGGCAUCAACACGGUGACCGGUUUGUCUGUGACCCCUGGCUCCGAUCAACUGGUCAUCAUACAUCUACCUGACGAAAAUGACCUGGUCCUCUGUCUCCAAAACCUUACUAAGGAAGAGAGAGUUGGAGAACUCGUGGGCAUCAUGUGUAGUCAACUGCAAAGAGUUGGCAAGGAAUUAAAAGUGACAGUCAAUAAACCGGUGCACUGCAUGCUGGGAAGUAAGCGGCGGACCGUCAUGGUCCGGCCCACUGCUGUGAAUGGUGGCGCCACAUUCAAGAAAGAAGGGACAGACAUUGCUCUAAUGUGGCCAGAGUCUUAAAAGGAAGAUCACCAUUUACAUACCUUUAAAAUCACCAUUUACUCACUUUAAAAGAAAACCUGUAUUGAACAAGAGGAAAAGAUCAAAUUUAGACUAUAAAUUAAAAUGAUUUUUUAAAAAAUAUUUGAGAAGAAGGAAAAAAAGUUUUUUAAUAGGUUUUAAUAAUGGACAUGCAAAAUUAAAUAAAAUGUGUAUAAAUUACAUUUUUUGCGUGAGCAUUUAUGUCUGAAUUACAUGGAAGAACUGCUUUAAAUCUCGUAUUUGGUUUAUAAUAUACCAUUCAGGUGCUGAGAAUAAAUAUAGUGGUAUCUUGAUGAUCUCAGAGCUAAAAUGAUUAUGUUAUCAGAGAAACUGGAUCGUAAUUAUGUGAAGUUUUAGAUUUAGCCCACAGAAAAUUUGGAUUUCUUUUGCAUGCCAGAAAUAUUACCAUAAAUCUAUAUUAAAUGUAAUGUUCAUCGUGAAAUUAAAUGUGCAAUGUGAUUUUGUAGUUUGUAUACUUCAUUAGUUGUGCAUGUAUUCAUUCAUUCAUUUCCAACUUUAAUUUUCCAGCAUUUAUGAAAUGAAUGAAAGCUGGACAAUUACACUUAAUUCAUGUGAUAGAAAAUUCAAAAAGAGCAUGAAGGAAUGUAAUAAACUUGCACAUGCAAGAAAAGGGCCUUUGUUUAAACUUGUCAUAAUCAUGCAUGGCUUCGUCACUUUGUAAAAUCUGAAUAUCCAACAAUACAUACCAGUAUUUUUUCACUUAUAUCUAAAAUGCAUUGAGACUAUGGGCUUUUGUUUUAUUUUGAACAAAAAAAAUACAAGUGAUUUUUUUUUUCAAUGCUUUGUGUCAUUAAAAAUAUGGCACUUACAUACUGAUUUACUUGAAUAUCUGUUUUGUUUGUAAUUUUACAUAAGAUUUUAAUCAGGUAGAAGAAAUCCAUAAACUAUAUAAGAUGUUUCACAUUUGAUCAUUAAUUUAAUUAAUUUACUCAUUUUACAUUGUAAAUCACAGAUUUCACAUUGAAAAGAAUGAAGAUGCACCUUACUAUUUUUUUGGAUGGAGUCUCCAUAUGAACCUGAAGCUUAUUAUUUUGUGGGUUUAGUCUAGGAUUCAUAGAUUAAUACAUGUACUAAGCACCUUAUGAAUUUUACUUGCACUGGGUUUAAAAAAAACUGGUGCUAGAUAUCACAAUAAACAAAACCAUUUAUUCCAUAAUUAUUGUAUAUUUUAUGUGCUGUGCUAACAGUAUAGAUUGAUAAGCCCAAUGUAGAAAAUCCUUAUAUAUUGUAUACAUUUAUUGUACAGCUGCUAUGGUUUUUUUUUUGGCUUUACAUUUGUUAUUGCUUGUUGAUGUAUAUUUAUAUAUUCUAUUAUACAAUUAUAUGUCUAUAUAUAUGUAUACACUCUUUGAUCAGCUGAUGCAGACAUUUUUGAUGCAUUUGUUUUGUUACAUUGUUGUCUUGUUGAACAAGCUUUUUGGGAGAGAAGAUUGAUUACAUCCUGUUCAUUUCCAUGAUUAACUGUGAUUAUAAAUCAUAUUAGGAAUCUCUAUCAAUCAUAUAAGAAAACCCCUCCCCCCACCCCUCAACCACCACCCCACCCCACCCCCUCCCCCACAAGAAGCAUAGAAUUAGUACAUGUACAUGCAGUUCAUUUGAGUUUGAAAAAAGUAACAAGAUUUUUCAUAAUUGCAUUUUAAAGUCCUUCAGUCAAUAUUUUUAGUUGUUUUCUCCCAUAUCUUUUUGUAGUAAACUAGCUUUUAUGAGCAAAAAGUUAAGGUAAUAUUUUCAUUGUAUUUGGAAGUCUUUCAAAUCUUACCAUCCCCCUCCUUCCUUCACUUGAAUUGUUAGCAGAUAACUUCUGUAUCUUUUACUAAGUGUUGUCAAGAAAGUGCUUGGAAAAUGUCUCAGAUUUAUGCAUACAGUUACAUUGCACAUUCCACAUGAUAUAUCGAUACACAUUUUUAGUAACUAGCACUGCUAAAAUUACCAUCACAAAAACUUGCAUACACAUGCACAUGUACCAUUGAUUCAUAAAAGAGAUUUCAUGUGUAGGAUUCAAAUUAUUAUUCCAGAGAAAGAAUUGUUGCUUCAACAAUAGUGUUACAGCAUUGUGGAAGUAUAUCCUAAUCUGCCUCAAUUCCAGAAGUUUAAUGUUUCCCAAGUAAUUUUAUGGGGAUUUAAUUAUUUUUUUAGAUGAAAAUUGUAGAUAUUUUGUUUCUCAGAGAUAAAAAAAAAAAGUAAAAGGAAAUGCUGAAAAUCAGAAACUGUGCUUUCAGAUUUAUUCAUUGUUUUUUUUUUUUUGUUUUUUUUUUUGUUUAUUUUUGUUCAUGUUUGAAGAAAAAUUAAUUGAAGGACACUGCAUAGAAUUCUGUUUUCUUUAACCACUGCUAUAUGUGUAACCAUUGUGUCAUAUAAACUUUUGAGCUAUGAAUCAUGGGGUCAGCUUAUCCGCUCUGUUCUCUACUCCUCAUUUAGAGAACAGAAGGGAUAAGAUGCCCCUGUGUUUGAAUAUUUGUUGUAUUGUUACAGUAGUGCUAGAUAUAUGUAGUGUACGUGUUUUUUUUAUUUUCAACCACGAUAUAUUUAUUCAAAAUGUUACAAGGAAUGGAAGGGAAAAUAAAAUAAAACAGAAUUGCAUUGUACUACAGUAGAACUGUUCAAACACAGUAGAAAAGAGUAAACUAGAAAAAGGAAAGAGGGGAUAUAUUUCAAGGAAUUUAUUUUUUUUCUCCCUAUUUAAAUGCCAUUAGAAAAGAAGUAUACCUUAUUAACCUUGCAAAAUAUAUUAUUUUUAUAAUUUUUCAUAGAUAAAUACUUUAUAUGUUCUAAAAAAAAUAUAUUGGAUGAUACACAUCUGUGUGUAUGUAUCAAUCAAGGUUAUCUUCAGUUAGGAAAUUAUUGAUUGUAAAAAAAAAACUUGGUUCUGUUUUCAGUAUUCUCGGGUAGAAUAUAUUCUGCAAUAUAAAUGACUCAUAUGUUGCUAUACAGCUGGGUUUAUAAUAUGUACAUGAAUAUGGUGUAUUUGAUUAUAUUUCUAUGACUUAUUAUAUUUAAUACCACAUAUCAAUUACUAUGUGCCUUUUUCUUUGUAAGUAUACUAUUUCUUUUUGCUAUAUAUCAUACAUAAAAAUUGGUCUGUUCUGCUUACGGUUUUUAUUAAUUAUUUAUUAUGAUCUAUUAUCUCUUGGACAGAUUUUACUUGGUAAUUGUACAUUGUAUUACAUGACAAUAAAAUAUCAGAGUUCC